AUGUCUCCCAACCCAUCCCAGAAUUCUCCUUGGCCAGCUCAGACAGCUCCACCAUCGUCAUCAUAUUCGUCAUCGAAGCGAAAUAGACCUGACAUAGGAUCUUCUUGGUCUUCAUCACUGGGAAGGAGACAAGGAACUAUCAUCUCGAAUGAGAGUGCGCUCGCGGAUGCCGAGACACAAUGUGAAAUAUACGCUGAUAAUAGUCAGGUGACUUGCUAUCCAAACGCAGGUAAUCUUGUGAUUCAGCACCAGUGGGCACCCGUUGUCUGGAACAGUAGACGGCCGCAAAUUUCGCAGUUCAAUAUUGUCCAGCUAUACUUGUUUGAUGCCGAUACGAACUCCCCCAUUCUCAAUUUCACACAACAAAAUCCGACCACUAGUGCAGGCGAAAUGAAUGCAGAAGUGAAUGAUACUUGGUUCGGAAGCAAAGGCACUUCAUGGACGCCAGGGCAGAAUUUCUCAUACCCAUUUUAUUGGGUAGUGACCAAUCAGAAUGGUCUGGACAAUGGCACUUACACCACAAAUCCAACGUUCCUGGCUAUUCAAACUACAUAUGCAGAUGCUGUUGUUUCGUCUAUGCAAUCGUCGUCAUCUGCUGCCGCCGCGUCGUCAUCUGCCGCCGCCGCAUCGUCAUCUGCGGCUGCUCUGUCAUCAGCGUCUUUAUCACAUGCAUCUGGGACAUCGUCGCUUCCAUCGGGAAAUGUUCAGUCAAACAACUCAAGUCCACCUUUUCCUCAUUGGGCAAUAGCAGUCAUCGUGGUACUCGGAUUUCUCGCCAUCGUAGCUGGCGGUGUCUUGAUUUGGUUAAUCGUGCGCCGUCUACGAAGACGUGGACAGCUCUCGAAUCGAGGGUCCAUAGGUUCCUCGUCUCCGAUGAUGGCCAAUGCCCAGAACUCCAACUCUCCUCAACUACCGUUGUUGGGGGCUGGGAUAGCAGGUGCGGUGGCUGGCCGGACAUCAUCAGAACAGCAUCGGCCUGCAUCGAUCGUAUCUCCGGAUGGUGCAUCCGAUAUCUCACGGGCCCACUCUGCAGGCGACACCGGUCCAUUUUCAGGAGCCGAUGCAGCCAUCAUGGCGGAUGCAUUUAGGAAAGCAUUGCGCAAACCUGAUUUUGCAGGGCCCACUGUUGAGGAGGCCGAGGACCACAGAGAUGAUGCGAUCAUGAGUCGUGAAUUAGCAGAAGAAGGACGAGACAUACGAAGUGUCAGUUCAUCACGGGGAGUUAAAGUGGAAACUCUAAGUGAGACUGGUGAUACAGUGCAAGAUCACUAG